GUACAUUGAUGAAUUGUUCAAGCUAAAGGCUCAGAUGCAAAGUGCGGGAACUGAGUUCCUGACAUGGAAUGACAUCCAGUCAUGUAUUGACCAUGUGAAUAUUGUGGUACAUGAAGAACAUGAGAGGAUUUUAGCUAUUGGACUCAUAAAUGAGGCUUUGGAUGAAGGAGAUGCCAGAAAGACCUUGCAGGCCUUGCAGACCCCUGCAGCAAAAUUGGAAGGAGUAACCCCCAAAGUAGCACAACAUUAUCAGGAUGUGCUGCUCCGUGCAAAGAGGGAGAAAGCCCAGGAAUAUCAGGACGAAACGGCUGUCCUGUGGUUGGAUGAAAUUCAGAGUGGUGUUCAUCAGUCCAACCAAGAUACAGACGAAGCCCAAAGAUGUAAGUCUGGCUUCCCCCUUUCAGCAGCUUUGCUGAAUUUCACUGCUGAUGUUGGGGUUCUCUGUGAACUUUGCAAAAUGUCAUCUGUGGCCAUUGACAAGGAUACUUCAUCUAGGAGCAAUCAUAGACUCCAAGGCAGGACUGAUGGUGCUAUCUCCGAACUGCCGAUCCAGCUACAGACCUUGGUCCGACAGUCUCAGUGGCGUGGCUACAAGCAGCGCAAAGAAUACCAAGAUCGUUUGAAGUAUCUGCAGACUCACACAGGAGAAGCAGUGAAGAUUCAAGCAAUGACUAGGAUGUAUCAGGCCCGAAAACGGUACAGAGAUCGGUUACAAUUCUUUCGGGAUCAUAUCAAUGACAUUGUGAAAAUUCAGGCCUUUAUUCGUGCUAAUAAAGCUCGUGAUGACUACAAAACUCUAAUAAGUGCUGAAGAACCCCCCAUGGCUGUCGUCCGAAAAUUUGUUCACUUGCUGGAUCAAAGUGAUCAAGAUUUUCAAGAGGAACUAGACUGGAUGAAGUUGCGUGAGGAGGUUGUGACGCUGAUUCGCUCCAAUCAGCAGCUGGAGAAUGACCUCAACCUCAUGGAUAUCAAAAUCGGAUUGCUGGUGAAAAAUAAAAUCACAUUGCAGGAAGUUGUGUCUCACAGUAAGAAGCUCACUAAAAAGAACAAAGAACAAUUAUCUGACAUGAUGAUGCUGAACAAGCAAAGGGGGGGCUUGAAGGCUCUGAGCAAGGAGAAGAGAGAAAAGUUGGAAGCCUAUCAGCAUCUCUUCUAUUUGCUACAGACAAACCCAACAUACCUGGCAAAACUGAUUUUCCAAAUGCCACAGAACAAAUCUACGAAGUUCAUGGACUCUGUGAUUUUCACACUCUACAACUAUGCAUCCAAUCAAAGAGAAGAAUACCUACUGCUGCGCCUCUUUAAGACUGCACUCCAGGAGGAGAUCAAAUCAAAGGUGGAUCAGCUACAUGAGAUCGUGACCGGAAACCCCACAGUCAUAAAGAUGGUGGUGAGCUUCAACCGUGGUGCUCGUGGGCAGAAUGCCUUGAGGCAGAUUCUGGCCCCAGUGGUCAAGGAGAUCAUGGAGGACAAGUCCCUCAAUAUCAAAAUGGAUCCAGUGGACAUCUACAAGUCGUGGGUCAACCAGAUGGAAUCCCAGACUGGAGAAGCCAGUAAACUGCCAUAUGACGUGACUCCUGAGCAAGCACUGAGUCACGAAGAAGUGAAGACACGCCUGGACGCCUCCAUCAAGAACAUGCGAACCGUAACAGACAAAUUCUUGCUGGCUAUCAUCAGCUCUGUGGAGAAAAUCCCUUACGGGAUGCGUUUCAUUGCCAAAGUCUUGAAGGAUUCGCUGCAUGAGAAGUUUCCGGAUGCCAGCGAGGAUGAGCUUCUGAAGAUUGUGGGCAACCUUCUGUACUAUCGCUACAUGAACCCGGCCAUUGUGGCCCCGGAUGCCUUUGACAUCAUUGAUCUCUCAGCUGGAGGACAGUUGACCACAGACCAACGGCGGAACUUGGGUUCCAUUGCAAAAAUGUUGCAACACGCAGCCUCCAAUAAGAUGUUCAUGGGAGACAAUGCACACCUCGCCCUCAUCAAUGAAUUUCUGUCUCAGUCCUAUCAGAAAUUCAGGCGCUUUUUCCAGGCUGCUUGUGAGGUUCCAGAACUGCAAGAGAAGUUUAAUGUUGAUGAGUAUUCUGACUUAGUGACACUCACAAAACCAGUGAUUUAUAUUUCCAUUGGAGAAAUCAUCAAUACACACACCCUGCUCCUGGAUCAUCAGGAUGCAAUUGCCCCAGAGCACAAUGAUCCUAUACACGAGCUUCUGGAUGACCUGGGCGAAGUUUCUACCAUUGAAUCCCUGAUUGGAGAAGGAUGUGGCAACGUGAAUGAUCCCAGUAAAGAGAUGCUUGCCAAAACCGAGGUUUCUCUCACUUUGACAAACAAGUUUGAUGUUCCUGGUGAUGAGAAUGCCGAGAUGGAUGCAAAGACGAUCCUGCUGAACACCAAACGUUUAAUUGUGGAUGUGAUCCGUUUCCAGCCAGGAGAAACAUUAACAGAGAUCCUUGAAAUUCCAGCUGCUGCUGAGCAGGAAGUUGAACACCAAAGGGCCAUGCAGAGACGGGCUAUUCGAGAUGCUAAAACCCCUGACAAAAUGAAGAAGUCAAAAGCUGUCAAGGAGGACAAUAACUUGAGUCUUCAAGAGAAGAAGGACAAAAUUCAAUCAGGGCUGAAGAAACUGACCGAACUGGGCAUGGCAAACCCAAAGAAUAGAUACCAGGAUUUGAUCAAUGAUAUUGCAAAGGAUAUCCGGAAUCAACGUCGCUAUCGCCAGAGGAGAAAAGCGGAACUGGUGAAGCUUCAACAGACCUACAGUGCCCUGAAUUCCAAGGCUACUUUCUAUGAAGAGCAAGUGGAUUACUAUAAGAGCUACAUCAAAACGUGUUUGGAUAAUUUGGCCAGCAAGGGCAAGGUCUCAAAAAAGCCAAGGGAGAUGAAAGGAAAAAAGAGCAAGAAGAUUUUUCUGAAAUACACAGCAGCCCGACUCCAUGAAAAGGGAGUUUUGCUAGAGAUUGAAGACCUGCAAGCCAGCCAGUUUAAAAAUGUGAUAUUUGAAAUUGGCCCAACAGAUGAAGUGGGAGACUUUGAAGUAAAAGCUAAGUUUAUGGGAGUUCAGAUGGAGACAUUUAUGUUGCAUUAUCAGGAUCUGCUGCAGCUGCAAUAUGAAGGUGUAGCUGUCAUGAAGUUAUUUGACCGAGCAAAAGUAAAUGUUAACCUGCUUAUUUUCCUUUUGAACAAAAAAUUCUAUGGGAAGUAAGUCCCAUUCCUGGAAAGUAUUUGAAGGCAGCUUCCUUUCCUGUGGGCGCGUGGUUAAAUCCUGCAUAGGACCUCUGUCCUCAGUAUGGAAUCUCCAGCUGUUGGCAUCUCAUUUUGACUUUGCUGCACACAUUUCUUGCAUAUUGUUUCCUAAGUACUUGCUAAACAGUCACAAUUAAUUAAAUCAUUCUUAACACCUU